AUGGCCGGCAAUGAUUAUCAAAAGAGCUACUCGGAGCAGCAGUACAGCUACCAGGUGCCCUCGGAUUCGAGCUACCAGACGAACUACUACCAGCCACAGUCACAGCCCCAGCCUCAGCCGUCGUACAGCAAACCGGAAGUGUCGUACAGUAGUAAGCCACCACCGCAGCCACAGCAGCCUGCUUAUCAAGCGGAUUCUGCUUAUCAGCAGGCACCUCCGCCACCGCCAGCAGCAGCUUAUCAGAAGGCACCUGAACCUGCCUAUGCCUCAAAGCCUCAGCAGCAGCAAUAUCAGCCACCACCACCGCCACCAAAAGCUGCCGAUUAUCAAAAGCCAAAAGGCCAGCAAAAGCCGAACCCGUACGUCGAGGUGGCCGGAAGCCUCGCCUCGCAGUACCCAAACUCCGGCGAGCCGCUGAACCUCGACCUUGCCUCCACUACCUCCGAGGCGGCCGGAAGUGCCCAGGACAGCCAGGCGGCGCUCGCCUCCGUCUACGGCGAGAUUCACCGGCGAAUGGCCGAGCUGGAGCAGCUGCAGCGAUAUGUGGCUUCGGUUCAGGCGGAAGUUCAGCAAGCUUACACGCCCAUCGUCAUACCGCAGAUCUACGUGCCGCCCAUGCCGACCUUAAGUUACAGCUCAGUCGGUCCUAGCUAUCUUGAGCCUCAGGUGCCGAGUACCUACUACAGUCCUGUUCCUGCUUCAAAUUAUCCUCCACCACCACCACCACCACCUCCAAAACCUGCUGCUGUUUCCUAUUCACCCCCACCUCCUAAACAGCAAGAGUACAAACCGCAGCAGCAGCCGUCGUACAGCACUCCCAAGCCACAGCCGUCGUACAAUACGCCCAAGCCGUCGUACAGUGAGCCUAAGAAUCAGCCACAGCAGUCGUACAACAGCGGCCAGCCGUACAACGGCAACCAGAUGACCGUACAGUACGUGAAGACGGUGGAGAAGGUGUCGCAGAAUGCCACCAGCCCUGCUGCUGCUGCUGCUUACUGA